UAUCCACAUUCUCUCCACAGGUAAUUCCCAGAUGGGGGCCACUAUAGUAGAUGCCCUGGAUACCCUUUACAUAAUGGGCCUUCACGAUGAGUUCAAGGAUGGCCAGGAGUGGAUCGAGCAAAACUUGGAUUUCAGUGUGAAUGCAGAAGUAUCGGUCUUCGAGGUCAACAUCCGCUUCAUUGGAGGCCUUCUGGCUGCAUACUACCUCUCUGGACAGGAGGUUUUUAAGUUGAAGGCUGUCCAGCUGGCAGAAAAACUGCUUCCUGCCUUCAACACCCCAACAGGCAUCCCUUGGGCCAUGGUCAAUUUGAAGAGUGGAGUGGGGCGUAACUGGGGCUGGGCUUCAGCUGGAAGCAGUAUUCUGGCUGAAUUUGGGACACUGCACAUGGAGUUUGUGCACCUGACAUAUCUGACUGGAAACCCUGCCUACUAUCAGAAGGUGAUGCACAUACGGAAACUGUUGGCUAAGAUGGACAGACCCAACGGGCUUUACCCCAACUACCUGAACCCACGCACAGGACGCUGGGGCCAGCAUCACACCUCAGUAGGUGGACUGGGUGAUAGUUUCUAUGAGUACCUGUUGAAGGCCUGGAUAAUGUCUGAUAAAACGGACACAGAGGCACGCAAGACCUACGAUGAUGCCAUCGAGGCUAUCGAGCGCCACCUCAUCCGGAAGUCCAACGGUGGCCUUACUUUCAUCGGCGAGUGGAAAAACGGCCACUUGGAGCGUAAGAUGGGUCACCUGACUUGCUUUGCUGGGGGAAUGUUUGCCCUGGGGGCUGAUGGGUCGCCGGAUGAUAAAGCUGGACACUAUCUGCAGCUCGGAGCAGAGAUUGCACACACCUGCCAUGAAAGCUACGAUCGCACUGUGCUGAAGCUCGGUCCAGAGGCCUUUAAGUUCGACAGUGGGCUGGAGGCAGUGGCUGUGAGACAGAACGAGAAAUACUAUAUCCUGAGGCCUGAGGUCAUCGAGACGUACUGGUACAUGUGGAGAUUUACCCACGAUCCCAAAUACAGGCAGUGGGGCUGGGAAGCUGCGCAGGCUAUAGAUAAAUACUGCCGAGUAAGCGGAGGAUUCUCUGGUGUUAAAGACGUCUACUCCUCCAACCCCACCUACGAUGAUGUCCAGCAAAGCUUCUUCCUGGCUGAAACGCUCAAGUAUCUCUAUCUACUUUUCUCCAGCGAUGAGCUGCUGCCUCUUGAGAGCUGGGUGUUUAACACCGAGGCCCAUCCUCUGCCCGUCCUGCACCUGGGCAACAUCACCCUGCCUGGCAGCGAGACCCAGCGGUAGAGCGGACUCACCCGGGGGGCGCUCUCCCCCUCGCUCGCCCCUUUUCUAAACACCUCCCUCCUUGUGAAAGACAGCAGCUGCCAGUGCAGAGGAGAGGAAUGAACUGUACCUCCCGGACUGUGAAUCAAGGGACUGCAGUGAACAGAAGGGACCAGAACAGACCCAUCUCUCUUUAUCUAUGUCUCUCUCAUAUAUUCUCUGAAGGACAGACUGCUGGAUUGAUCGUGUCUCUCUCUCUCUCUUAUGGCCGUUGGUCUGACAUGUCCGUACACACUGUACAAGCAUUAGCGGACUAAAUGACCUUCUGAAAUAGUGGUGUGUUUCUCACUUGGGGAAGGAUUUUAACAAGUUCAUUCACUCGUUCUUUUUUUUCCCCUUCUCUCUCUUCAAUUUGGUGGCAUUUCAUAUCAUCAGCUCAGUGCUAAACCACUUAAAACGAUGGAUAUAUGGUUCUCUGACCAGACCGCCUCUUUCUGAGCUGGGCUCCUGGAGAUGCCAGAUGUUGGAUGUGACCUCCCGUGAAAUCUUUCUCCAGCCGAGGCUGAAUUUAGGCCAGAAGCACCCAGGAAUGUUCUUUUCUCCAGAAUUUCUCUUUAAACAGUCUCUCCGGUGUCUCUUUUAAGGUUUUCGGGUAAAAAUGGACAAAUGCUGCUAUCGAACAGUUGCUGCCUGUGACACAGUCACCACCGUCAUUCCAGAAACCUGCGUUUUCUGCAUUGUUCCAAUCCCAUCUUUUUUUUUUUUCAUCCAUUGUGAAUGCCCGGAAUGUCAUUCAUACUGCAUUCUGAAAUAAGGAUGGGUCGAUGUUUAAUUUUGCAACAAUUGAGUAACUGUAACUUGUGGGUAAAAGUCACAGUGCUUUAGAUGCUAAUGCUCAUGGCCAUCACAAUUUGUUUUCAUUUGUCGAUAGAUCAGACCAGAUUCUUUCAACAGUCAAGAUUUACCACAAACUGUAGCCAACAAGGUAGAGAUUUAUAUAUAUGGGGUUUAGACUUGAUCAAAUACACUGUGUGCCCUUUACAAGACACCCAGAGUAAACAGAGCACAAAAAACUGCAAGGAUUUUGAAUAUAAUUUCAUAACAACUAAGCCUGUGACAUACGAUGUUUUAGACCUGGGAAUACUCUUGAACUGAGGUCAAAGACUUCUGUUGGUCAUUCCGGUUUCUGGAUGUUUUCAUUAGUCAAAUGCAUACUUCUGAAUAUUUAAUGUGAAGUUUAACAUGACUUAUUCAGUCCCGGGCUGUAAACGCUCUGGAUGUCCCUGGACAUGUUUUCUGAAACACGGUGGUGGCAGAAAGGGAAACAGAUUUCAGAUAUCAGAUGGUUAAACAGCCUGCAGCCAACAUCAAAGUAUUUAGUUUGAUUCGAUUUGAUUUAUUUUGUUUAAUUGACCUUCAGUCAAUAUUGAUUCAGUCUCUUUGGAAGAUGUGCUCCUCCUCAUCCUCAGAACGUUUCAUGGAUGAUGGAAAUCCUAAUUAUUUGAUCAUCUCGGGUAAUGAAGAAACUGUGAGAAUCAGUCGGUCGAAAAGACUGGAGGAUCACUGAUGGGAUGCUGGGUGUCAUUGAUCAGCUUCCUUCUCUUUUUAUCCCAUAAUUUCAGUUCCUGUUUGUAAACCUCUGGUCCCUCUGGUCCCAGUCUGAGGGAGAUGUCUUCUCCUCCUCUCUAGAUGGCAGCAGCGCUGUCCGGCUGCUCCUGUGCAUCUCAUUUCUCUUUUCUUUUCUCCCAGUAACAUGACUUUGACUAAUGACCAAGCCAACACUUGUCCCUGUUGUUGCUGGGUGAGUUUUGACAAACUGUCUAAUGUAUUUGUAUUUUUACUGAGAAAAAUAAAAUAAAAUAAAAAAAUUGUAAAUGUUUAAAAUGCCACACAAAUUCAAUAAAGAUUAAAAAAAAGUGACCGGAAUAAAACAAAACAAGCUUUUA